AUGGUCGUGCCAUGCCUGAGCAGUGUCGCGUACGAUCAACUUGAUUUCAACACCUACCCCCGCCGCCGAGGUUGGGAUUGCGCACUUCUCGCCGCUGGCGACUUCUCUCAGAAGGAUGCUCGUGCGACUGAAGCCUUCAUCCAAGACUGGCUGUACUUCGGUGUAUUGUGGGAGACGCUUGGUGAAGCCGCUGUCAAAAGUGUCUACGUUGAACCCCAUCCGACGAGCGCUUAUGGGCGCAUCACGACUACCCUUCUCCGUGGGCAGCUUCUUCAUCGUCUCGCAUAUCUUGGUCAACUAUGCAGAGACGAUGCUGAGCGAGCGUGGAGCCUGAUUCGCAAGGCAGAUAAUUGCUUAGAGCGGCUGUCCGCCUUCUGCUGCCUGGCGGACUGUGAGGGCGGCGAGGAUCACGCUCGUGUAGUCUGGCCACUUUCACCUGAAGUCGACUUCUCGCUCAGAGCUUUAGGGCAGAGUCUAUCGUCGGCGUUUGCGGCUUGCUUAUUCUUGGCAGUCAGAAAAUACGAGGCGGUCGUCUUUAGAAAUCUACGGUUUCCCGGCGCAUGCUGGGUCGUUGCUCGAAUGGCUAGCAACAAUUGGUGCUCUAGCGAUAUCUCAAGAGUGGUGGAACAGUACUCGCCAUCCUCCUUGUACUACAUUAGCCUUAUGAGAAGGGCAGGCACCACUAGGGAUCAUAGCAGUUGUACGAAGCAGAAAUGCUUGGCUUUUCAGGUGGAUCCGUCAAGAUAUCGCACUAAGCACCUCGACGAGCAUUGCGCCUGCUCAUUUUUGGGCCCACAGAUUGCUGAAGUCGUUCGAAUCAUAAUGUCUGGCAAGAUCCCCCUCUUAUCAAUCAUUGUAGAUGAGCGAGCAGAUGCCGUGGUGGUAAGCGUUGAGCCUUAUAAAGCAGGCGUGGAAUACAUUGCCAUCUCCCACGUCUGGGCUGAUGGAUUAGGGAACACAGAUCGUAACACACUGCCCAGGUGUCAACUCCUGAGAAUGAGGCAGCUCUUGGACGAGUUACGCGACCAGGCAAGCUUAAACGUCUCCAUGCGCUUCUGGCUAGACACGCUCUGCGUCCCAGUCAGACAACAUCACGCAAACGCACGGGAUCGUGCAAUCUGCCAGAUGAAGGACGUGUAUAUGAAUGCUUACCAAGUCCUGGUGCUUGACACCGAGCUUCAGAGCGUUGACCCGCUCGACAUAUCCGAGGCAUUCAUGCGAAUUUCAUUAAGUGGAUGGAUGCGGCGACUCUGGACGUUACAUGAAGGUGUUCUCGGGAAUCGCCUGCAUAUCAAGUUCAGGAACGCCACGCUUAACCUCGAGAAAGGUUACAAGGAGCUGGGUUUCAAAUUCCAGCCUGAGCUUGCUCGUGAAUUCGAGAAUGUAUUCGGCACGCCAAUGGCAGAUGCCCGUCAGACUUUUUGGAGGAUGCGCUCAAUGAGAGAUGAGAUAUUUGUGGGACCGGAGAGAAAAAUGGUGGGCAUUUCGACCAAAACCACUGUUUAUAAGGAUGCAUAUCAACAAUUGGUUAAGGGGCGGUGCGUCCGCAUCAUGCUUGCUUUCGAUGCAUGUAGAUAUCGUACACCCAGCAGAACUGAGGACCUGUAUAUCUGUCUUGCAAACCUGCUUGGCUGGGAUACUUCGGAUCUCUGGUCUGAACCGGUGAACCGACGUAUGCGGCUACUUCUCGAACAGCAAGAAGUGCUUCCACAAGGUGUGCUGUUUGUUCCUGGGCCGCGAAUGCAUGAACGUGGCUGGGGAUGGGCGGUUACUGAAUUCGCCAAUGAAGCGCAGAGUCGGAUGAGAGCGCCGAUUACAGACUCCAGUCCCGCUCGCAGGGAUGCAUCUGGACUGACCGUCAGGUAUCCUGGACUGAUCCUUCCUGGGGCAAUUGUACCGGAUGGUCCACGAGAUAUUGUCAUCUCGAGCUCAACUGGACACAACUCGGAAUGUCUAACUUGGUGGAGAAUUACUCUUCUGGACCACCAAAAUCGUAUUGGGUCUACGGAUGUAGAUGUUCCGUCAAUCGACUCUGCCGAAACACCGCCUCCUGAUACGCCAAAGGACUCCAUGUGCGUGGUGUUCUUUCAACCACAGAUGCACGAAAUCCGAGUAAUUGUCAUGCCUGCAGCCCUGCUUGCCCUUGAAAAUUUUGACAGGCACAAAAUCAUCAAGACUGAAGAUCGUAUCCAUUGCAAAUUCCUGGACCUCGCAACGAUACAGAUGAUCAGCACGGACGACGCUCUAAGUGCGCUUUUGCGCCGAAGAGAUUUGCAACUCCUCCAUGUGAAAGAGCAAGCACGAUACGUAUCCUGUGCUUGGACUGUGCAGUGA